GUCUUAGAUGACAUGUGGGAUGAUAGCCGAGAUAGGUGGUUGGAGCUCAUGAGCUUGUUGGAAUGUGGUCGCAUUGGGAGUAAGGUAAUAGUAACUACGCGCUCUGAUAAUGUUGCAAAGGUUGUAGGCACAGUUACUAAAUCUUAUAAAUUAGGAUUUCUAACAGAUGAUGAGUCUUGGGAGCUUUUCAGAAGAUUAGAAUUCAAACAAAACCAAGAGGAGAGUAAUCCUAAUUUAACUCAGAUCGGUAAAGAGAUUGUUGGUAGUUGUGGAAACGUUCCCCUCGCUAUCAGAGUUGUUGGAAGCCUCCUCUACUCUAAAGAUAGUGAGAAAGAGUGGCAACUCUUUAAAGAUGAUCAACUAUCAAAGGCAAAGCUGAUGGAGGACGGCAACUUAAUGCCUGUGUUAAAGUUAAGUUAUGAUUACUUAACUCCGGCAUUAAAACAGUGCUUUGCCUACUGCUCAUUGUUCCCAAAAGACUACGAGUUUAGCAAGGCUGGUUUGGUCCAUUUAUGGAUGGCACAAGGAUAUUUUGAGCCAUCAAACAGAGACAUCGGAGAUCAGUAUUUUAUGGAAUUGUUACGGAUGAAUUUUUUUCAAGAUCCGAAAGAAGAUGGUAAAGGGAAUGUAAAAACGUGCAAAAUUCAUGACUUAGUGCAUGAUUUAGCACAACACAUAGCUGGUGCUGAGAACAUGCUGUUGGGUGAGUCUUCAAUGCAGGUCACUGACGAGCUUAUACAUGUAUCUCUUAAUGGAUGGGAAGCUCCAUCAGCAUUGUUAGCUGCCAAGAACAUACGAUCAUUGCUAGGAUUAUCUAUUGAAAGGCCUGCUAGUCUUGAAGGGUUGAUUUCAAGAUUCCAGUCCUUACGCGUCUUGAGCUUGAACAAUAUUGAUACGGUCCCAAGUUCUAUAGGGAGAUUGCGCCAUUUAAGAUACCUUAAUCUUGCACGAAAUUGUAUUGAAUGUCUUCCUAAUGCCAUAACGAGGUUAGAGAAUCUCCAAACAUUAAACCUUGAUAGUUGUCCUUUCCUUAAGGAGCUACCAAGAGAUUUUGCCAAAUUGUCUAAUCUCAGGCAUUUGGUGAUCAAUUGGGAUAAUUUGACAGAUUUGCCGUCAGGUUUUGGGAAAAUGACAACUCUUCAUGAGUUACAUGGAUUUAUAGUUGGAAAAGGGAAAAAUACUGGCAUAGACUCACUGCCAGCCUUAAAUCUUAGGGGAGAACUGAGAAUUCAAUUUUUCAAGUUGCGCAAAAAUGCAGUGAUUGAAGCUCAAAGGGCAACUUUGAAGGAAAAUCAACAGCUGACUUCUCUUAUAUUGAGCUUUCGGGGAGAAGAAACUGCGCUUGAUUCUGAUGAAUUAAAGAGGAUGAUAUCUUGCUUGCAACUUCCUCAAAAGCUUAAAUAUCUGAAGGUUCUUGGAUACAAAGGAGAUGAGAUGCCCAUUUGGUGGUUUGAUGGGUUGCGUAAGCUUGUUUCCAUUAGCCUUGUGUCUUGCAAUAAUUGUAGAGUUCUCCCUUACUUGAGACAACUGCCUCAUCUUAAAUCUCUUUAUCUUCAAUCGUUAAAUGCCUUGGAGUAUGUAGAAGAUGAGGGCACUAAUUGGGUUGGUGGAAACUCUGAUUCCACAGCUCACAAUGACUACUUCCCUUUCUUAGAGGUCUUGGAGUUGGAGGAUUUGCCGCGAUUAAAGGGGUGGACUAGAUCAUCAAAUGGUGAGGGUGAGCAAAGGAAGGAGUUGUUUCCUCGUCUUUUGCAAUUGAAAAUAAAUGGUUGCAAUAAGUUGAUGUCAAUGCCUUUUGCACCAAAGUUGGAGUCGUUAGAGGUACAUAACAUCAAUGGGAGGUUGUUUAGAUCCAAUCUGAUGUCACAACAGAAUGAUCAGGAAGCACCAUCUUCAUCUUCAAAUUCAUCUUCAUCAAUUCUUUUCACAUCAUUAAAGCGGUUGAAAAUAUGUGAAACUAAUGAUGGGCUAGUCUUUUUGUCUAUUAGUAGUAGGUUGUGCAACCUAGAGACAUUAGAAAUAAGGCAUUGCCACAAACUCUGGAGUUUGAUAUUUGAUUCUCCAAAUUCCAUUCGACAUCUUCUUAUUUAUAACUGCAGAAGCUUGAGAAAUAUAUCAAAGGGAAUACAUCUACCCGUCCUUGAGACACUGACUAUCCGAAACUACCAAGAGUUGGAAGAGGAGGAAGAAGAUGAAGAUGAAGAUGAAGAUGAAGAUGAAGAUGAGAUGACCACCAGACCGGAUUGGCAAGGCUUGAGGAGCCUCCACUCUUUGGAAUUAUCCUGCAUCCCGAAAUUGGAGAAAAUCCCUCGAGGCAUUACUUGCCUAACCAUGCUUCAGCAUCUGACAAUAACGUUUCUCCUGAAUCUGACAGCUCUCCCUGAUGAGAUCAGCAACCUCUCCUUGCUAUGUGAGCUUCGGAUCAUAAAGUGUCCAAAAUUGGCUUCACUUCCAUCAUCGUUACAAGGCCUUACAUCUUUACAGAAGCUUUACAUUAGAGGAUGUCCGGAUUUGGGAAUAAGAUACAAGAAGCCGAAUGGCAAAGAUUGCCACAUUAUUCAAUAUAUUCCCCAUACUGAUAUAUCUACAGGAUGCGAAUUAAGUUUCCACGACGACUUAGACUUUAUUGAAUUGGGGAGGACUGAUCGGGGAGUGCAAAGAAUGCUAAGUCUGGUCUAGCGAUUAAAAUGCACGUGUGUUUAGGCUUCUCUUGGUGAGAGUAAUUAAUUCUGAAUGUGUUAAAUGGAGGCUUAAUUACUGUAUUUAUAGCCUCGAAGUGUGUGCCCAAUACUAGGUUUUAGGUAAACCUAGGACUGAUUGGGCCUUGCCUCGGAAAUCGGGCUUUGGUGGCCGUUUUCCAGGUUGGCAUGUCAUGGGCCACGUGGCGUGGCAUGAUUGUUCCAUGCUGGACUGAUUACUGCCUGACACGUGGCAGGCCCUGACUGGUCCAUGUGGCGGAGACAUGGCAGGACCUGAUUGGUCCACGUGGCAGACUGUGAUUGGGCGGGGAAAAUCCCCUAAUCAGGUUUUGUACAUUGUGAGACAGUAUUUUAUUUUUACUGUCAAAUUUUUUGUAACAAAGAGAUUGUUUAUUUUCGUCUAGUCGUAAGUCUUAGCAGAUUAAUUGGAUUGGACUGAGCAUAUGAUUGGUGGAGCUUUUCAACCCUUGCUAGAAGGUGGGGAAAGCUUACAUAGUGAUGCUAAUCACAGGCUAGUGUUGGAAUUGUCGUGGUGUGUUGGUCGUACAUCUGGUCUGCUUAUUGGGGCCACAUGGAGCUUCGAUUCAGAUGGUGUGAUCGUUGAUGUGCUCCAGCUUGUCAGGAAACACAGAUGGAGAGGAGGAUCUUUGUUUUCUGGUGAAAUCUGUCACCUUUGUCCUCUUAUUGUUGAUCUCUUAUGUAUGUAGUUGCUAGUAAUCUAUUAUGUUAACCUUUGUGAAACUUGUUAGAAUAUUGCUACCCUUAGUUAUAAUAAUAAGAGAAGAUUGACUGGACUCCUUCAAGUCCCGUGGUUUUACUCUGCACACCAAAGAGGUUUUAAGUC